AUAUCAUUGAACAUGGCUGCCAGUUGAUAUAAAUUUGUUGUUGCUUUCUCAAACUUGGUUAAUUCCCUUUCAAAAUGGAAAGCGUAAAAGAUGAAAUUGGUGAACGUUCGAGCUUACCAAACGACAAUGAAUUUGGACUUGAUGGUUUUUUUGGACUUGAUGGAAUUGAUUUUCCACCAGAUUUGGAAAAUAUGUUUAUGGAUAUCAACAUUACACCUUUUGAAAAUCCCAGUUCUUUUGAAAAUUUGCCGCCAGCAGCACCUCUAAUCCUACCAUCCAAUCCAUCUACAAGCUCCCAGAGUGUGCCAAAUUUGCUGAUUCGUGAUGUCUCUUCAAUAUCAAAUGUCAAAGAAGAACCAGGAGGAAAAUCAACACUAAGAGAAUUAUUAAAAAGACCCAUAAAUCCACUUCCAAGUGUGAUCAAGCCUUCAAGUUGUCCACCUAAAACAAGCAAUUCCCAGUUACCAGAACAAACCCAGUUUGUUGUUCCUAAUCCCAUCUCACAGACUGUCCCAAUUCAACCUGCAAUUUCUGCACCAUCCCAAAAGCUUGUUAUUUCACCUCAACCUGCACCUACUUUGCAAAUUUAUCCAAUUUAUCCAACAUCUGCUGAAGAGUCGAGCCUAAAUCCUCCAAAUCUUUUGAUGAUACCUAGCCAUUCAACUACCCAAGUCAUAUCACCUCCUGUAUCACAACAGUAUACAAUUGCACAACCUCAGAUACCUGUAAUAUUGAAUCCCCAGACAACUUCUGCCCAACCUCAAAUCAAACUAGUGAUUGAUCCUCAGCAUCUGCAACCAGUGGUCUCGGCAGUGAGCAAUGGUACUGUUGGAGCACCAAGAGUUGAAAGACACCGGGCACAUAAUGCUAUUGAAAAGAAGUACAGAACUAGUAUCAAUGACAAGAUUAAAGAUCUAAAAAACCUUCUUUUUGGUUCAGAUGCCAAGAUUCAAAAAUCUGGUGUAUUAAAAAAGGCCAUUGACCAUAUUCGACAGUUACGAAAUAGCAACAGUCGUCUGAGACAAGAAAAUGCAUCAUUCAAAAUAAAACUGCAACAAAUGGGUAUGUUGAACUGUAUGAAGGGAGAUGAUACAGAGUCUGUUAGCUCAGUUGAAGGGCUUCCCGAUCCUCUAACACCUGAAAGUUUAAUGGAUCUGACGUCUCCAGGCAGCAGCUCUAGUUGCCCCUCGUCGCCUGACGAUUCAUUGCGGACAGAAAAUGUUCCGAUGUUUGAUAGAACUCGCCUCGCCAUGUGCGUUUUCAUGAUGUCCUUCUUCAUUUUUGAUCCCUUCAACUUCAUUUUCUCAUGGCAGCAAGAUUUCAUGACACGAAGUAGCGGAUCAACUGAACAUAAUGGACGUCUUCUUUUGGCGGCAGAUUCAUUGGAGAUGCCAUACCAGUCGAAGUUUUCGUAUUUUACCUACUUGCUUUGUCUGUUUUUCAGAUUAUUUGCAAUCUUAUUUAUAUUUCUGAAGUUGUUUGUUUUCGGCGAACCAUCGUUACGACCCGAUUCUAAGAUUGCAGGAAAAUACUGGGCCUUCAGACGACGAGCAGACCUGACUCUACAAAAGGGUGAAUAUAUUGAGAGUAGCAAAGUUCUUGGAAGAUGUCUUGAAAUAUUGGGUCGACCACUUCCUACAUCUCGCUUAGAUAUGACAUCUAGUCUGUUAUGGAAUACUUUCAGACAAAUUGUUCACCGUCUGUUAGUCACAAGAUGGUUGACGGCUAAAACUGCACAAUGGUUUUCAUUACGAAGCAUUGAUAAAAAAGAUUUAGAUUAUCGCCAGGAAUCCGCCAAACAAGCUGCUUUGGUUUACCAUCAACUUCAUCAGCUCCAUGUCACAGGGCAUGUUCCCAGCAAUUCAUGUUUGGCUGCAGUUGUUGCUCUUAGUGCUGUUAAUAUGGCGGAUAUGGCUGAUAGCAGUCUGGAUGAAGAAAUCCGAGUUGAUAUAUACAUCGAUUGUGCAAUACAGUUUAGGUCAACAUUUCCUAAGAAUUUGAAGUUCAUUGCACGAUAUUUCCUAAGUCGCGCUCGCAAAUUGUGUCAUGGUCGAAGUUUGACAUUACCGUAUUCAUGCUGGUGGUUGUUCACUCCUGUUGGUCAUCGUUUCUUUGUCAGUGGAGAGUGGAGUUGCAAGAGAGAGACGCACAUCUGGAGUAGUUCAAGAAUCAACGAUAACAAACCACUAGCGACUGUUACUCAAAAGUUUUGUGAAUUUUUACUGGAACAAGCGAUGUCAGCUUUGCUGUUGUCAAAAGAUCACAAUGAGUAUAUUGCCAAUACUUGGAAUCCUGAGGGAAAUUCAGGCAGUAAUCGUGCGCUUGAUUUAUUACAUACAAUGACAGAAUGCGUUAGUAACUCCAGAAAAUCUGGUAUCAACAGAAACGUGAAAGUGUUUGGUGACAUAAAAACAUGGCCGUCUGAAGAACCUGACCUUGUCGGAUGUUGGUGGGCUGCAUUGGGUAAAGUUGCUGCGUAUUGGUUGCUGGGAGACAUUGAUAAUGCCCAACAACAAUACAAGAUUAUUGAAAAUAUCCCAGAUGAAAUUGAAAAUAAUGAUGAUCCACUUGGUGCAGCUCUGUUGAUGGCAUUUCGUGCGCGAUCACGCAUGUUAGAGAAUACUGGCAAGGGUCUUGAUGGUAUUCAUGAGAUUGUCGAGUAUUGUGACAAAGGUGGAGCUCUUUUAAAAGAAAGUCUCGCGUUUUCAUCUCUUUAUCCUCAGAAUGAUUUACUCAAAUUGAUGCACUUGCUUUGUUGUGAUUGGCUUCUUUCGACCCGCGCUGAAAUUUGGGAGAAAGAAAAACUCGCUGGCAACCAAAUUUCACCUGUGGUUAGCAGAUUGAAUGGUUUUAACAAAGAUUUGAGAAGUUUACAGAACGUUUCUUCCUAUAUCCCGGACGCUAUUUCCAAGGUGUUCAUGUACCAAGCAGCAUGUAGACUGAUGGCUGAAGCAAAUCCUAUGGAAACACAAAGAUUAUUACAGAGAAGUAUCAUGCAGCAACCAUGUGGAAGCGUUGGAGAAAAACCACAAAAAACUGAUUCAGAAUGCAGUUUUUCAGCAGAGAAAGAUCGAGGAAAUGCGUUGAUGUUGGCCAGCAGUCACCUUCCUAAGUCAUUAUAUUCAAGCAACGCUGAACGUAAAGGUAUGCUCUUGGAAGCAGUCGAGGUUUUUCAGAAAUUUGGAGAAAAAGAUCGCAUCGCGCGAUGUCGAAAACUUGUCACGAGUUUUUGAUAAUGUAAAAUAAAGCUCAUAGUGGGCUACUAUUAGAGGUCCGAUAUCAUAAAGUGGGAAUUUUACGUCUGUUUCCACUAGGCGAAUUUAUAUGCGCGACGCGAAAAUUACCGUCGAGGUAGCGUGAAUUAUUUUCAUUGCAUGGACAAUUUUUCACGAACCAGAUGCAUCGCGCUAAUAAAUUAUUCUAGUGAAGAACAGGCUGUAUUUAGCUAAUGAAUAUGGACGGCACAACGACUGCUUAAACACGCCUCUUUAAAUUUAAAAGAAUUUUCCAGAAAACUUGUUGUUUACAUAUACUGUAAGAAGUUUAGAAAAACAAUGGCUAACAUUUGUGGUGGGUUGAAGGCAAUUUGAUUUGUCUGAACACUUCACCGACGAGUUUCUUUAAGGCCGAUCUACACGAUGCGAUUAGUCGCAUACGAUUCGUAUGCUGGCGUAUGUAUUCGAAUAAAUGCGUGUAAAGAUGUCACAUUUUAAAUUUCCUUAUAAACUGAUGAACAGACAGAGUGACGUUACCAAUCUUUUUCAUACGUCAGGAUAAGAAUCGUAUACGACUAAUCGCAUCGUGUAGAUCGGCCUUUAUAUUUUUGUGUUAACAGCUGUCGUUUGUUGUCUGCAUGUUCAGGUAGAAAGUCGUAUUUGUGUAUGCAUGUAUAUUGAAGGACCGUAUUUUAAUAGAUUGACAAAACUCGUUUGUCUGUACCAGAAUUUAAUUUUAUAGAAAGUUGUGCAUGUAUUAUUAUUGGUUGUAAAUAGUAACUUGGAAUAUAUAAACUAAUGGUAUAUCACAUCACAUAGCAUGCAUGGUUCAACAUGGUAAGUUUCUGAAACACAAACUCAUGCAGACAAUAUCUUUGUAUUGUAAAUCUGCGGAAUGAUAUGUCUAUAUAUGUUAUUUACCGGAUUGGAGGUCCGUAUAUAGGAAGGAAAAUAUUUCCCUAGGUCUCAAAAACGGCGUUUUUGUGACCGAGUAAAAAUAUUAAAAUUGAAAAUCAUAGUGUAUUGUUCAGAUUACACAUCGUUGAAAUAAAUGUGCGUUUAAAACG